GAAUAUUGGACCCGCUUCUGGCAUCGAGAUGCAAUCGCCGAAACAAUAAUUUAAGGGAGAUAAGGAGCUGAAAUUUGUACCUUGGUUACACAAAGGAAUAUUUGACAGGUUCGCUGAGAAACGAGGACCAUAGAUAUUCACAGGAUUAUCUUACACUAACAGAUUACACUUUGUGGACAAAUAACGCGAUAAUUCUUAUCGCGGUAUAAAAAGGCUGUUCGCUCGAUGGUUGUUUCAGAAAGUUCACAGGUACAAGCACAAUAUGACAUGGUUCACCAUUUUCGCGACUCUUCUGAUCGUACAAUCCGGCAUUUCGGAUGUUGUGAUAUACGGAGAACUACGUAGGUCAGUGAAACUUUCUGCGAGUACUGAAGUCCUCGGAGAAAUUAAAAAAUGUGUAAUGGAAACGAACAUUGGUGACAAAUAUAAGUUUAGCCCUGGUGCCGGUUCAAUAGGUGAUAGAAAUGUUACUAUCAUCGCAAAUUAUCUCGAUUGUAGCGUCCUUCUGUAUUUACCGAGUGCGGAAUUCGCCGGUGAAUGGAAAAUAACAUCGUAUUUUCAAGAGGAUAACCAUCCACCUGUUACGAAUAAAUUCAAGAUAAUUGUAAAAAAGGAAACCAGAGUGAUACCUGACUAUAUAUGGAUAAACACCGAUUAUUUUGUUCAUGCCGAGCUUGAUUUGAAUGGAAAAAAUGUCACAAAUUGCACACUGCUUACUCCGACCUCUCAGGAGAUCGAUCUACUGAACGAUGGCACAAAGAAUUUGCAAAGAUUCGGACGGUGCGGAUUUCGAGCUUUGGUGAAUGAUAAGAGUCAAAAUAUAUGGAAACUCAAAGCAUUCGUCGAAGAAGAUAAGAUUUUUUACACUGGCGGCGUCGAUGUAAAUGUCUUCAACAAAGAAAAAAAGACAGAAGAAGAAAUAACUAUCACGCUAAAUCUUGGCACAAGCGGCACCGUGAGCUUACCUGUGUACAGAACGAUUAUCUUUUGUCAACUGGAAGAUCCAAUGGGUUUAAAAACACCUUUUCUUGACUCCUGUGACUACCACAUACCCGUAGUUACACCUCGUCACCAAGGUGUCUGGAUCGCGCGUUACGGCGGAAUGGAACAUCCAGUUCCUACUGUUCAACGCUUCAGGGUUGUUACACGUGAUCCGGUAAAUUCUGAUAGCAACGUUAUUGUGACAGAAAAUAACGAAAUUCAGCUGUCCUGUCACAUUUAUGACCAAGUUCCAAUGUCGUUUAGGUUCUGUCACUUCGUUAGACCAGAUGAAUAUGUAUUGAACUUGAGGAACGGCAUCGGAACAGAGGGUUACAGUAGCUUUAAUACUUUCGAGGCAAAUAAUAUAUACUGUGGUUUGAUUAUCCAUGAACCAAAACAACAUGAUUACGGAGCUUGGAAGUGUAAUGUAAAAUUACAAGAUCGUAAAUACCGCGGUUCGAUAAUUUACGUUGAUCCACGUAUAAUGAGUACAAACGAAACACAAAAUGCCACCAGAGAAUUUCAUAUUGUUACAGAAAAUGUGUACGUGAAGCGCAACGAUUUCUUUGAGAUUAAAUGCACCGUGGAUGCGGUUUUGGAUUACUGCUGGUUCCGAAGCCCUAAUGGAACAUUUUACACUGUUAUUCCAAAUCGAAGGCAAUCCCCUACGAACCUCUUGUAUACAGGAUCGGGAUUUAAUUUUGGCGAGUGUGUCGCUGGAAUUGACGGUGCUUCUUACACGGAUCAUGGUGAAUGGACUUGUAACGUAGGCAUUGUUAACGGCCCGGAGGAGAGUAAAACGGUCCUCGUAAACGUAACAGAAAGCUACGUUAUCCCAGAACGUACAGAGUUAGUGGCUAACUACGAAGAGGAUACAAUCUUGUCCUGUAAUAUACUUCCAAAUAUAACUGAUAAAAAUAUUCGUUAUUGUCGUUGGGUCCGUCCGGAUGGACACGGAAUACACCACAGCUUAGGUCCCCGAUACACGACCAACCGUAGUAACACCGGAUGCAAAUUAAUGAUUGCAGACUGCGACACCGAAAAGGAUAUAGGUCGUUGGACCUGCGUGUUCGGACUUUACGGAUUCGAAGACGAGGAAGCAUCGGCCACCAUAUCGGUGUUACUGCCAACUCACCGCUAACCGCUGUUCUUUACGCAUUUAGUUUCAUUCAUAUACGUAAGAAACGAUUGGCACUGUUGAAAGAACCAACGCUUUAUGUCUCCAAGGAUGACCCGGCAAGAAAUUUCGUCAAAUUUUAAACGGAUCUCAACGAAUCAAUGUCCACCCUCUAAUUAGAAACAGCCACGAGUUAUUCAACCGGAAAAUUCGCGACUGAAAUCAUCGUACGAACAGAAUUUACUGGAAGCUAUCUCACACCUAGUCUCUACCCUUCGAUAUUUUCAGCCGAGAAAGAAACGCUUCCACAACCACCAUCUCUUUUUUACCCUCUAUGCUUCACCCUAUCGGUUUCAUCCUUAAAGUAGUGUAUAAGCUAGAAUGAACUUGCAAAGAAAUGUAAAUAAAAUUAAUUCGAUCCGUACGAAA